AUGGGUACUAUCAGUAUGAAGAUAAUGGUGGCUUCAUCUGAACCUAAGGCUGAAUUCCAUGUCAUGGACGUUCCCGCAACUUUCAAUAUGUUAUUGAGAAGACCUUGGUUACAUCAGAUGAAUACAGUGUUGUCUACCAUGCAUCAAUCAGUGAAGUAUCUGGACAAAAUGGGAAUUGCAAUUGUUUUUGGGUGUUUAUCCAUUAAUUCUCAACUGGAAGUCAUGACACCCUUACUAGAGAUUUGGCAUGGAGAGGAUGAUGUUUUUCUUUCACGAUUCACUUUAGCAGAGGCACAACUAGUCUAUGAGGAGGAGUGGGUGGACCCUGGUAUGGAUAUUGGUCAAGACCAAGAUAGUGAUUUGAGCGGCAGCAUAAAGGAAGCUCUUGAGAUAACACUGGCUAACUUUCUGAUAGACUAUGGGACCAUAGCUGAGAAAAUGAACUUGAGGGAUAGUGUAGUGAUUUUCGUAAUCGAGGGAGGACUACCUGUUGAAUUGUACCCGACAUGGUUGGCCAACAUUGUUUCAGUUCCGAAGAAGAAUGGCAGAAUCAAGGUUUGUGCUGAUUUCAGAGAUUUAAAUAAAGAUAGUCUGAAGGAUGAUUUUCCAUUGCCACAUAUUGAUGAGUUGGUGGAUUUCACGGUCAUACAUUGUUAUCGUUCAUGGAUAAUUUUUCAGGCUGCAGCUAGAUUCUAA